UUACCUAGCAACGCCCCAAACAACCUGUUCUCGAUAGAAGCUAACAAGCUAGCCAACUCCGUGGAUCUAAACAGUUCAGAAUAUCGCUUUGAGAAUAAUGAACCGAGAAUUGAACGAACAGGAACUUCAGGAUUUGUACGCAUGGAUAGAUAAAAUACCUCUGUCCCGACCCAAAAGACACAUCACGAGAGACUUCAGCGACGGAGUGAUGGCCGCAGAGGUUGUUAAAUAUUUCCUUCCAAAGCUUGUUGACCUGCACAACUAUAUUUCGGCAAACUCCACACAGCAGAAGCUCAGUAACUGGAACCUUCUCAACAGGAAGGUGUUUUCCAAGCUGAAUUUUCACGUGCCCGAGGACACAGUGAAGAGGAUUGUUUUGAACACUGCGGGAGUGAUAGAGCCGGUGCUGAGCACCCUCAGAGAGAAGAUAGACGUGAAGCUAAAGCAAACAGCAGAGAACAUACUGGAUUUGGAACACUAUGACGCCACAAGCCAGGAGAAACCUCACACAGAAAUCCGUCAAACUGAAGCAAUAUGUGUGGCCCAAACGGCAGGAGAGACGAUAAAAGAUGCAAAGGGAAAAAUAAAAAACGGUAAACUGCAGCACACAGCGCAGAUUUACCCAGACAUGGACCCUCCUUUACGACUAUUCCUGCAGGGAAAAGAGCAAGCUAUCAUGGCAUUGCAGGAAACGGUGGAGAUCCUGCAGAUGAAAGUCCAGAGGUUAGAGCAUCUGGUUCACUUGAAGGACAUGCGUAUUGAAGAUCUGGUGCGGCAUCUGGAGAUAUACAAAGCAAAAGGCAAUGCACGCUAGCAUGUAAAGUGUAUGUUUCAACAGGAUUCAUCUAGUUCAGAGCUGUUUAUGCAGCCUUUGCAUAUUAUGCGUUUGUGUUAAAAUCUUAGCAAAUGAUAAUGUACAAUAAAUGGUUUCUGAUCAUUUCAGUUGUUGAUAGUUACUUCUUUGUGAGGAGUGUGUAGAAUAUGAUUUUCAAGUGUUUAUGUAUCAACACUGGUCUUUGACCUCAUGUGCCUUUACACAGCCAGUGACUUUUGACCUCAAAGUACCCAAUUAAUCAACUACCCUCUUCAACAUUCCAAAUUGUCAGCAGAGUAGAGAUUUGAAACUGAAAUAAAGCCAACGAAAUGA